AUGGCACCUCAAACAUAUGACUCAAUUUUUGAUCCUGGUGCUCUGUCUGACACUAGCACAAGUGAUCAUAACAUGAGCUGGAAAGCAAACAUGAACACUCAAGCUCAAGAUGCGGAAUGUAUGACUCUCACUUGGCAAAUGGAACGUGGAGGACAACCAGCAGCAAGUACAAUAAAUUCUGGUGAAACUGGCAUGGCAAAGCGCAAGACCCCAGGUCAUCUGAGGAAGAAGAAACCCACAGAGGAGACAGAUGUACCUGCCCCACCCGCUCCUGCACAAGUGACAUAUUACCUCUCGAUUUUCUCAGAGGCGGAGUUUCACAAAGCAGAAAAACAAAGGAAAUCACUCAAUUCAUUCUUGCAGCAAACGGCUGACUUGCUGUUUGAUACUUUGAAGGCACAGUUACUUGCUCAGAUCUCAGCAAAACUCAACCCCAGCAAGAUCUUAUAUGACGACUACAACAUCAACUGGACUGUACCAUGGAUCCAGCCAUCUCCUUUGGCUCUUGCUUUGGACAGUGAUUACAAAAUUUUGCUUCAGCACACCACAAAACACAAAGAGCUGCAGGAAAAUAUCACCAUCAAGGUUCACAUGAACAAGUCAGCAAAAGAAAAAGCCAAGGUACUAGAGACAAACUUGAAUAUCAAGAUCAACACAAAGAUUCAACAACUUUGUGAUCAGUGGAUGUGUUUGAAGCCUGGAUGUAUGAACUGUUGCAAGAUGAUAACUUGCUUACUUCACACUCAGAACAAAGAUGAAGCACAAGCAAACCUUGAGACUCCCCUGAACCACACCAAGUUCAAUGCAUUUCCAGGGCAGAAGGGCACUGUCUCUCUUCUUCAGUGUCACCUUGCUGAAUGCACACAGCCUACAAAUCAGCCUUAUGGUCCGGUCAUCAAUUUCAACAUCCCGCCAGAGCUUCUCACCGUGUUUUGCCCUCCUGCAGUUCCGAACAAUGACAUACCUCAACCUGCACCUGCUGGAUCAUGCACUGAAGGUGAUCGAUCACAAGACUCUCUGAUUCCCUAUGACGUGCUGCAUGGACUAACACUUUCCCUCAACAAGUUCUGUAGCAAUUAUACUCUCAGCGACAAUAUCCGCACGAAGCUACACCAGAACAGGUAUACAGGCACAGAGACUAUCUGUUACAUUCUCAUCUCUCAGCUGAAGGAAAUGGAGUUCAAGCUGGGAGAGAUUGCUGCGAUGUGUGCAGCCAUGAAGUGUUGGUGCAAGUGA